AUGGCGCGGAACAUGGGCAUUCCGCCCACAUUCCGCUGCUCCAUCGGCUGGGUGCGCCGUGCUUUGCGGCGCCAGGGUGUGAGGUGCCGUGCAGCACAGGGCGAAGCGGCUAGCGCGGACAUGGCCGCCGUGCGUGACGCACGGGAGAAGCUGCCGCAACUCCUCACGCAUCUCGGUCUCACCCCGCGGGACACCUUCAACCUGGACGAAACGGCGCUCUGGCUGUCCGUUCUCCCUCGGCGCACGUACAGCAACGGCCGCAUACCCGGCCGCAAAAUUUCGAAGGAGCGGCUGACCGUCGCAUUCCUCGUAAAUGCCGACGGGAGCCACGCAUUCCGACCGCUCGUGAUCAGUAAGGCGAAGCGCCCGCAUGACUUCCGCCCGGAUUAUGACCCCGAAACCCUUUGCUACUGGCGGCACAACGCCAAGGGUUGGAUGACCUCGCCACUCAACGCAGCAAUGUACGCGGAAGGCCGUCACAUCGUCGUGCUGCUCGACAACGCGAGCAGCCACAUGCUCCGCUCCGAACUCGCAUGGAGCGAGAUCGUCUGCUGCGUGCGGACGACGUGCAUGAACAAUGUGCGGCUCGUCUUUUUACCGCCGAACACCACCUCGUUCGUCCAGCCACUCGAUCAGGGCAUCAUCGCCACCGCGAAGGCCAGCUACCGCCAGCACUGGCUGCGGGCCUUCUCGGCUUUGUGGAACGCCGACGGCGCGACUAGUGCCGUCGCGCGGUUCCGCCCGAAUUUGCGCGAUGUCCUGGCGUGGCUGUCGGACGCUUGGACCUCCGUCGGCGCGCGCACCAUCCAACGGUGCUGGUGGUGCACGGGGUGUCUUCCGCUCUCGUGGUCCAUGGAUCUGACACACGUACACGACGACGAACCCACCCCCGCCGUCUAUCCCGACAUCGAGCUAGACGACGACAUCGACGAUGUCGGCACGCUCAUUAGCGGGCUCGGCCUCGGGAACGGUGCGAUGACGACCGCAGAGUACGUCGCCAUCGACGACGGCAAGCCGACGUGCGCCGAAGGCGCUGCAGGACAGCCCACGACGGAGCCGGAGGCGGGCUUGAUGUUGGAGCUCUGGGAGGCGCCGACAACCAUACAAGCCGUCUACGAUGACGCCGACCCCGUCGGCCGCGAAGCGCGGCGCACUGCCCGGGCUGCAUGCGAGAUGCUUAUCGGAUAUGCUCGCGCCACCCGCAUCUCCCCGCGCGAUCUCUGCCAUCUCUUCGACAUCCGCAACCCCAUCAAUGUCGCGCGGAUGGAGCGCGCGAGCCCGUCAUUCAACCUCAAUGUGGCCCCGCCGCCCGUGCCCACCCCCGGCGCAACUCCCCCGCCCGAGACCCCUCGUCCGCGCGGCCGUGUGCUGCCUGGCUGGAUGACCCAGCCGUCCCGCCGUCAGCAGCUGCUUGACGCCGGUGUGGGCGCCGUGAUGGGCGGGUAUGUGGAGGCGGCUGAGUGGAUGCGUCUGUGA